AUGCGAUCUAUAUUGUUUUACCGAUUUAUUAAUUCAAAAAUUUUUUCAAGAACUUAUGCCUCUUCACAAAAGUCACAAACUUCUGCAUUUAUAGUUUUUGAUCGUAAGGCAAAAAAAUUACAAAGAGAUCGAGCUGCUUUAGUUACUGAAACUAGUAAACAAGUUGAUUAUCUUAAAGAUGAAGUUGCACAUAGACUUGUUGAUAGAUUGUUGGAUAUUAAGCGAAAAUAUGAUACAAUUGUUGAUUUAGGUAGUGGAUGUGGGCAUAUAGUGAAACAUAUGGAUCGUGAUAUAUCGAACAAAUUAGUGAUGUGUGAUAUGUCAGAGAAAAUGUUAGAAAGAGAUAAAAAUAUAAAAUAUGAUGUUGAAGUUGAGCGAAUUGUUGUAGAUGAGGAAUUACUUCCAUUUGAAAAGAAUUCUUUGGAAGCUGUAAUAAGUAAUCUUUCGUUACAUUGGGUAAAUGAUUUGCCAGGCACAAUGAUUCAAAUCCAAAAAUCUUUGAAGCCUGAUGGUUUAUUUCUAGCUUCAAUGUUUGGUGGUGACACUUUAUUUGAACUUAGAACAUCCAUGCAAUUGGCAGAAUUGGAACGGGAACAUGGUGUUUCACCUCGUGUUUCCCCGAUGGUAGAUAUUCGCGAUGUUGGAAGUUUACUUUCGCGUUCAGGAUUUGCUUUAACGACGAUAGACGUUGAUGAUAUUAUAGUAAAUUAUCCUUCAAUGUUUGAGUUAAUAGUAGAUUUAAAGGCAAUGGGUGAAAGCAACGCUGUAUUAGCAAGGCGACCAUUUUUGAAAAGAGAUACGCUUUUGGCUGCUGCUGCAAUUUAUAAAGAACUUCACGGCAAACCGGACGGCACUAUUCCUGCAACAUUUCAGAUAGUAUACUUGAUUGGAUGGAAACCUGAUAUUUCACAAUCAAAACCAAAACCUAGGGGUUCCGCUAAAAUGUCAUUAAAAGAAGUGUUGGAAAACAAUGACAAAUGA